AUAAUGCUGAAAAUUAAUAAUAUUCAUGGUCAUCAUAACCAUAAUUUAAAUAUGGUAAUGAUUAUGAUCAUGACAAUUUUUUCCGUUAUUUUUCUUAACAAUCAAAAUACCGUUAUGGCAAGUGAAUUUCGAUCAGUACCAUAUUAUAUGCCUUUUGAAGAAGCACAAAAUAUUGAUGAUAUAUUGGCCCAUUCAGGUCUUAAACAUUUUGUUUUAGCAUUUGUAUUGGCACCAACCGAUAGUCAUGAUUGUGUACCAGUAUGGAAUGGCCUACGCAGUCGUUUGGUCACGGAAGAUACAUUUAUUGUAAAUAUUGUUAAUAAAAUCCGACAUGCAGGUGGUGAUGUUUCUAUAUCAUUUGGCGGUGCAUUUGGCACCGAAUUGGGCCAUGCUUGUAAAACUCCUGAACAAUUAGCUGCUGCCUAUCAAUUGGUUAUCGAUAAAUAUCAGCUAACACAUGUUGAUUUCGAUAUCGAAGGUGAUAGCUUAGGUAACGUUGAAGAUGAACGACGUCGUUUUGAAGCAAUCAAAAUAUUGAAAAAUAAUGCUAAACAUAAUGGUAAAAAAAUAUUUGUCUCAUUGACAUUGCCGACAACAGUAGUCGGAAUCAAUGAUGCUGGCAAAGAGGAAAUCAAAUUGGCAAUUCAACAUCAAGCUGAAAUUGACCUUUACGGUAUAAUGGCAUUCGACUUUGGAGCAAUGGCCAACAAUAUGGUCAAUUCGGUAAUCAGUGUUAUGGAGGCAUUCCAUCGACAACUCAAAUCUAUUCACACGGAAUGGUCAGAUCGACAAACAUACGAACAUAUUGGAAUGAUAUUAAUGAAUGGCCAUACAGAUCAACCAAGUGAAUUGUUCACACAGCAAACAUUUGAAGAACUUAUUCAAUAUGCAUUAACACAUGGAUUAUCACGAGUUUCAUUUUGGGCUAUGAACCGUGAUCGUCCAUGUCCUCCAAAUCGUCAACAUGGUUGGGCUGCAAUUUUCUGUAGUUGUGUUGAACAAAAACCUUAUGAUUUUUCACGUAUUUUAUCAAAAUUUGAAUCCAAAACUAUAACAACAACACAAAAACCUCAAACAACAAAACAUCAUCAUACCGAUUCACCCACAACACAUCGUCCAGAUAAUAAUGAUGUUGAUUGUUCCAAAGUUCCUAAUGGUGGAAUUUUUCCCUGUAAAAAUGAUCGCCAUCAUUUUAUUGAAUGUGCACACGGUGAAAAAUAUAUUAUAGCCUGUCCAAACAAUACCGUAUUUGAUCCAAAAUUAUUGACAUGUGUUUGGCCAAAAUAAUAGAAUAGACAAAUUCAACAACAAAAAAAAAAUUAAGAAUAAAAUGAUUAAAGUUUUUUUCCAUAAC